AGAAGGAGCUGGCCAACCCGGAGCUGCAGAAGCAGACAUAUUCCAAACUGCUCGAGACGUUCCGUAAGGCGCGCCGGACCUAAGCUCUUUUGCAGGAGAUGAAAUAGAUUUACGUGUUUAGCGACCUGCUGUGCAUUUGUUGUCAACGGUCACGCUGAGAGUUUCAUGUUGAAAGGAUCACCUUCGUGAUGGACCUCCACGGCCAUCCCGAGCAGAAUGUUUCUGACGAAGCCAUAACUUGGCGUUGAUUGGAAAGGAAUGUGACCGCGAAGGUAAAAGGAUCAAACUUUUCUUACGAAGACAUGCAAAAUUUUAGGCGCUGUUGGUCGCAGCGCCGACGGUCGACGCCUUCGGAGUGUAAGUGUUCAUGACGCCUUCGUUGUCACCGCGCCAAGGACGAACGUUUGCUGCCUUUGCACCGAUUUGACUCAGGGAGGAGGCAAUUCGGUCGAAGACCAGUCGAAUUUCGCGCACUGCAUCCAAACAUUUCGUUGUGAUGAAGCUCAAGGUCGAGGAUGAGACAGACCACGCCACGCCGUUUGUAAAGCACACAAACUGAACUUGACUCGUCCCUACGGCCCGAGUAAUUGAGCCAUUGAUCUUCUACUGUAGAAAAACUCAAUUCGCAAUUUGCCUUCAAGUACUCAAGUGCUUCGUAAACUCAAGACAAACCAGUACUUCCACCUUCGCCAUGGUCGACAGCACAGUGCUCCUCUUCGUCCGGAUACUCGCCGCCUUCGGUGCAUUGGCCUUGGCCUGCAGCCCCUCGAUUCUCAUGAGGCAGAUUCACAAGCAGAAGCACGUGGGCGUCGCGUCCGUGAUUCCUCUCGUCAUGCUGCUCAUCAACUCGCACGUGUGGAUGAUGUAUGGCUAUCUCUCAGCCAACUACUUCCCGGUGUUCGGCUGCUUCAUCUUCGGCGACCUCGCUGCACUCUCCUACGUUGCAGUCUACUGGCGGUACACCACUGAGCGCCGCUACGUGGCUCGGGUACUUGCAGUUGUAGCGACAAUAUACAUCGUUCUUUCGACUUACGCUAUCGUCGGUGGUCUCGGCUGUACGGGCCAAACGCGAGCAGAGGUGGCCAAGAAUAUGGGCUACAUCGGUGAUGCGACCUCCGUCUGCCUGUACGCGGCGCCUAUGGAGAAGCUGUUGCAAGUGCUCAAGCACAAGUCGGCCAUCUUCAUCAACGCGCACAUGGUGGCGGCCAGUCUGACCAACAACGUCGUGUGGUUUACCUACGGCAUCCUCACGUCCAACUGGAUCAUCAUCGGGCCCAACAUCCUCUUCAUCGCGCUCAACUCGUUCACACUCGUGCUCUGCAUAGUGUACAACCCCAAGACCCACCCACUUCACGAAAGCUUCUUCGCCGGCAACGACGACGACGCUCCCAUUGAAGUGUCCGUCGAGCUCUCACCGAAGGCUGUUGCUGGCAACAAGGCAGCAAACAUGCCGAGCCCCGAGUACAAGGCGAUGCAAUCUCCACUAGAGCCUCUGCGUCUACAACUAGACAGGAACUAAAAACCGAAGUUAACAAGGCUACUUAUUGAACACAACCAAGGUUUGUAACUUGUUGUGUGUCGUAGAAUUUGUCUAUACGCUGCAUCAAUUGAACAAGUGGUGCUUGUCACGCUUGCGCUUGCGCAUUUUCUUCUUGGCGACGUCGAUGUUGCGAUCCUGCCACUUGCUCUUGCUGAGCUUCACGGGGCGGUUGCCAAUGUACUUGCCGUUCAUCUCGCGCAGCGCCUUGGCGCAGUCGAACGGGUCGGCGAAGCUCACGAAGCCGUAGCCGCGCGACUUGUGCGUGAGCUUGUCCCGCACCACGCGCGCGCGCUGGAACGACGCGUACUUAGAGAAGCUGUGCGCCAGCAGCUCGUCGCUCACCUCGUUGCCCAGGUCUCCACAGAACAGGCGGAAGUCGUUGUCCGGCCAGUCCUCGAGCGUGGGGUCCUCCCAAACCUGUCCACCCGCAAGACGCAGGUGCCUCUUCUGCUUCUUCCCGGCUCCGUCGCGUCCUUGAGGACCCGCCGCGAUACUGGCCGCCGUCCUCUUGGGGUCGUACUCGUACACACUCUGCUGCCUGUUCAUCAUCUCCUGCUCCUCCAUGGGCAGCACGCAGCCUGUCUCCAUGUCCACUCGAGGCUGCAUCGGUCUGUACGUCGCGCCCGGCCUGGACGCAGCAGUGGCAGCUGCAUGUUCCCCCGUUGUGCCCGCUGGGAAGCCGCUGAGAGCGCCUCGGUGCGCCGCCACGUCCUCCAGCGUGUUGAGCAUCUUCGGCCGCCCGUCAUUGGCUGCAAUUGCGCCGUCAGCGGGCGAUUCAAUUGGCUGCGGCUUCCUCACGGGCGCUGGACGCGGCGGCGCCAUGUAGAUCUUGGGCUUGGCCGCCACCACGACGGGCUUGGGCGGGGCCGCCAGUCCGGCGCUGGAGGGCUUGGCUUUCUUCGCUGGGGGCUGAGAAUCGUCCUGCACGUUGCUGUCCGUCUUGGCUACAUCUUCCGAGGGCUGGGUCUGCGCCUCCAGCGACUGGAUCUCCGCCUCGAAGCGCGCGAACUCGUCGUCCAGGUCCGCCAUGAUGCGCUCCCA